AUUUGUUCGGCUGUUCGGCUGCACGUCGAUCCAUGGAAUUAUGGGACAACUGCUACGAAAGAAAAUGGCAGCGAUUGCGAGUUGUGUCCGCCAUGCAUUUGUAAGAAAUGUAGGUCUUGUAAGGGUUAUGUUGCCACGAGCUGCAGUAAUUGGUGUUCAGCGAAAUGACAUUCACACGAGGACAUGGAAAAAAUUCCAUGCAUUUAACAGAUCAUCAUUAAUUGAGUGCCUGUCUUGGUGGCAGGCAAGUCAAAUUCGACACUUCGCUGAUGCAAAACCUUCAAUGGAUCAAAUCCGUGAAAGAGUUCUUACAGUUUGCCGAGCAUAUGACAAGGUCACUGCUGAUAAGAGGAUGAUAUCUCCAAAACGAUUAUACAGUGCCAAGGAGCCUCUCACUCUUGAUUUCAUUCGAGGCAGAGUUCUCUUGGUUUUGAAACUUUAUGAUAAAGUUGAUCCUAAUAAGCUGACAGUAGAUUCUCAUUUUCUGAAUGACCUAGGAUUGGAUUCACUAGACCAUGUAGAAAUCAUCAUGGCCAUGGAAGAUGAAUUUGGGUUUGAAAUUCCAGACACAGACGCCGUGAAGUUGGUUCGGCCUGCUGAUAUUGUCCAAUACAUAGCUGACAAAGAGGAUGUUUAUGAUUGAAGUGCAUUGUGGGAACAGCCUUUUGUAGAAUGAUUGGACAUAGUUGUAUUGCAUCCAAAAUAUCAUACCGGCAGUGACACUUAUGUUUUUGUAAGUUAACAGUAGAACCAUCACAGAUCUGUCGAAUUAGACCCCCGCAUCUUGAUACCAAGCAUACCAAGGAUCUUUGAGAGAAGAAUCCAUAUUAAGAUGUGCUUUAUUUCUGUGUUGUUGUUAUACUGAUGUACUUUCUAAUUUCUGCAUGUAGUACUCUUGUAAUCUAAUUUCAUUUGGAAGUGUUUGUUAAAAAAUAAAAAUAUAAGUGCGGAAGUUGUGCAGUGUUUAUGAAUUACAUAUACUGGUGAUAUAUACAGCAUCAUCUAAUUUUAAUAAUUGGAGAGCUGUAUCUCAGUUGAUAUUAGUCUGUCCAAAGGAUGUACAAUAUAAGUGGUAUUCAUGAAAAAGAAACAAAUCACAUAAACAUUAAUAUUUAAUUUUUUUUA